AUGAAAGAAAUCCAACCUCUCGGGCUUAAUACAUGUGAGAGUAUCGACUCAGGCACCAGCAAUCUACAGAAAUUGAAGUGGAAUACUCUUCAAGAAACUUUGGACCAUGACAAUGAUAUUACGGAAAAGACUUUCUGGGCAAUCGGCAAUCAACAUAUAACAGCUGUUCUUCUUGAUAGUUUAAAUAUUGAUCAGAUUCUAUUACUCUCCACAUCUUUACUAAAACCCAUCAUAGAAAUCAUCAUUCUCCAUCUGCUCAAAUUACACUCUCAAGUGGUAAACUCGAUUUCCAAAUGUUACUGUGAAAUUGUUACGAUUUUUGAGAGAGUAGUUCAAAUUUUAAGCGCUUUUGUCAAAGCUAUUUUGAAACAGUUUGUAGCCUACAGCGUCAUUACGAUAGAAAAAUGUGUACAGCUCCUGAGGAUUUGA